AUGCCGUCUCGCAAAUCCGACGCGCGCAGGAGCGACGUCUCGCCCGCGGUCGCGGACGCUUCCUCGCCAACUGCGCGGGCCGACUCCUCCGUCCCGUCGACGAGUCCUCCUCCGCGGGCAGAAGAGGGCGAAGAGAAUAGCACAACCGAGGGGACGAAACGGGGCAAAGAGGCGGCAGCGGCAGCGGUGGAUCUGGAUAAGAUGACGAUUGAGGACCUGACGCUGCCCAAGUCCAUCAUUACGCGGCUGGCUAAGGGCGUGCUGCCGGCCAACACGCAGAUACAGGCCAACGCCAUCAUGGCCAUGAGCAAGAGCGCGACGGUAUUUAUCAGCUAUCUCGCUGCGCAUGCAAACGAAAUCACGCUCAAUGCAAAUAAAAAGACGAUUAUGCCGGCGGACGUGUUCAAAGCGCUCGAAAUUAUCGAGUUUGACUUUCUCAAGGAGCCCCUCCAGGCCGAGUUUGCGAAGUUCAACGCCAUCCAGACGGACAAGCGCAACACAUAUCGCCAAAAGGUCAAGGCGGCCGUCAAGACGCCCGGCGACGACGUCGAAAUGGGGGGCGGUGCCGGCGUCGGCGGUAGCGAGGACAGAGGCGUCGGCGACAAGACGACUACGUCGGCGCUGAGUGAUGGCGACGAUGCCCCACGGUCAAAAAAGGCGCGCGUAGAGGCGUCGCCGGCGGAUGCCGAGGAGACGGAUGCCGAGGACCCGGAGGAAGAGGAUGCGGCGGAGGAGAUGGAUGAUGAGGAAGAGGACGAGGAGGAGCAAGAGGACGAGGAGGAAGAGGAGCACAGGCAGGACAGUGGUGAUGAGACGCAGGAUACGCUGGAAGAGAUGGCGGAUGUGGAGCAGGAAGACGCGGAUGAGGCUAUGGACGGCGAUGAGAGCGAUUGA